CUGUCCUUUUUCCAACUGUAGUGUUUGGCAACCCUGCCUGUCCAGUGCCCACCCCUAGUGAGUCGUGACCAGUCCGCCGCUGCGCCGCAGUCACUAGGAAGGGUCGUGCUGUACAGACUGCUGGUGGAACCUGUGGAGAGAGGGCAAGUAUGGGUCGUCUGAACUUGGCGGAAACACUCGUGGUGGUGCUGGUGGUGGCGACGGGUAGCGAGGCUCAGGAAAGCUUGGGCCUUUUGCCUCCUCGUUGCGGGAUGUCAGGCCUCACUAACCGCAUCAUUGAUGGCGGAUACGCUGACCCGCUGGCCUGGCCCUGGGUGGCAUUGCUCUACGGCAUACAACCUUCUGAGCCAGUGUCCUCCAGGUACUGCAACGGCGUCCUCAUCAACGACCGCUACGUGCUCUCUGUUGGCAAUUGCUUCGCAAAUCCAGUAGCCCCCAAGCUGGAGUUUGUGAGGCUGGGCGAGCACAGCCUCGAUACCGACCCUGACUGCCAGCAAAACCUGUGCGCCCCCACUCCCCAGGACAUCCCGGUGGAGCAGGUCAUUGUACACCCGCAGUAUAGGUCGCCCUGCAGGACGUGUAACGACAUCGCGCUGCUCAGACUGGCCAGGCCCGCCACACUGCACCCCCUUCAUGUGGUACCCAUCUGCCUGCCGGUCGAUCCUCUCAAGGACAUGGGCUUCUCGGAGGAGGAGUUUCAAGGGAAAUUUGCCUAUGCUACUACCUUGAACUCGCCUUCUUUUGAACGCGGAACUACACUGCGACAGAUUCUCCUCCCCAUCGAAGAAGGGGACUUUUGUUUAUCGAUGUUCAAAAGAGACUUUCCUGACCCUCGCAUGGCCCUUUGUGCUGGCGGGCAGGGCAAAGACACCUGCGGUGGAGAUUCAGGAAUGCCACUGAUGCUCGCCAACAGCCCUGCAACAAAAGUUUUUGUUGUCGGCCUCUCCAGUUUUGGCCCUGUCCCGUGCGGCAGAAACGGCACUCAGUCAGUAUACACCAACGUUCACUACUACGCGCAGUGGAUUAUUGAUAAUCUUCGUCCCUAGAAUGCCAUACACCAACAUUUAUGGAAGAAAAGAUCUUUAUAAAUCAGAGCUGUUACUUAAGCAUUAUACAAAAUCAAAAGAUUAUUUGAGAAUGAGACAAAUUCAGACUUAUUUAAGCAUGAGACUUCUUUAAAUUUUAAAUCUCUUAGAAAAAAAAGAUAACCUCAAAUGAACACUUUUGGUUUGAGAGCAUCAGUGAAUUUGAAAACCACGGCUGUUCCAUCUCAGAAAAACCUCCCGAGGGAUUGCCUCAUGCUUUGCAUGGUGUGGAAGUACCCCCUCCCCUUCCCCCCACACUUGCUUAGGUCCCAGGUGACCUGCUCCUUCAUUCGCGCAGCAGUAGAAUACUUAACAUCGUUUGCGAGAAGUGCAGCAGGACCUCACACCACACAUAAAAUCUUGCUGCCGAGCCAGAACUUUGCAUGUUCCCCUUCUGGUGCAGUCUGUUAAUUGAGCUUGGGAAAUGGUGAAGCUUUACCACUAUGAUUACAGUGGUAACACACACACACACACACACACACACACACACACACACACACACACACACAACAGACAGCCCGAGUAAGUAAGUAAGUAAGUAAGCAUUUAUUAACCUCAAUUUACAAUUAUAUAUACAAUAUUUCAAGUAAUAAAAGCUUUAGCAUAAUAAAUUAUAAAA